AUGGGGGCGGUGAAGCCUGACCCUGGCUUGGAAGAUGGGUGGUCUGAAAUGGGCAAGUUUGAUCCUUCUCUGUUGCUGAAUGCCACUGCUUAUGAACUCAAUUCUUCUCUCUCUAGAACGUCCAGCUGCCCGCCGGCGGUGCCGGAGAAGGUGGGGUCGGCGGCCGGAAGGGAGAGCUUCAAGAAAAGGAAAGCUGAGAAAGUUCAGAACAACAACAGCAGCAGCAACAACAACAAGGUGACUGUGGAGGAAGAUAACAACAACAACAGCAACAAAGAGAUCAAGAGGAUCAAAGCAAGUGCAGAAGAAGGAGAAUCCAAAGCCACAGAUCAAAACAGCACCAAAAACAACAACUCAACCACCACCACGACAACAAACAACAACAGAGAAACUUCAGCUGAUACCUCAAAAGAAAACUCCAAAGCUUCAGAGGUUCAAAAGCCUGAUUACAUUCAUGUCAGAGCUCGCCGUGGCCAAGCCACUGAUAGCCAUAGCUUAGCAGAAAGAGCUAGAAGGGAAAAAAUCAGUGAGAGAAUGAAGUAUCUGCAAGAUUUAGUACCAGGGUGUAACAAAAUCACUGGAAAAGCUGGAAUGCUGGACGAGAUCAUCAAUUAUGUUCAAUCUCUUCAAAGACAAGUGGAGUUCUUGUCCAUGAAGUUAGCCGCCGUUAAUCCAAGGUUCGACUUCAAUGUCGAUGAUCUCUUCGGCAAAGAGGUUUUCCCCCCUCCUUGCACCACCGCCAACUUCCCGGCGAUCGGCGGUAUCUCCUCGGAGAUGACAGAUCAUUCUUCCUACUUACAAUUUAAUCCAAACAAUCAACAAAUCGUCCCGGGUUGUGGAUUAGAAAUGGGAAUGAAUACCUCCGACGUCGGUCUCCGAAGAUCCAUUAGCGCCCCUGUUUCUUUCCCGGAAAAUUUCCUCGAUUCCUCCUGCCUCACCCAAUUCCAACCCUCCUCAGCGUGGGACGUCGAUUUGCAGAAUCUGUACAAUGUGGGUUUCGAUCAAGCAAGAUCAUCAAACGCCUUUUCUUCUCAACCAUAUACAGGUUCUGUUGAAGGAAGCAAUAUAAAGAUGGAAAUGUGAGAGUAGUUAGAGUCUCAUCUAUUAAUCACACUCUUCAUGAGAUUCAAUCAAAUAUUAGUCUCUAUUUGUCUUCUCUUCCGUAUCUAUAUAUUCUUUUCCUCUUUUUCCAAAGUACAUAACUAGCAUAUAUAUAUAUAUGUGUGUGUAAUUUGUAUGUAUACAUCCGGCUCAAUAUGAAUAAGAGUAGCGCCAAUUAGCGA